AAAUUUCAAUUACAUCCAUGUGCUAAAAUCGACAAACCUUCCGCUCUCCCUUUUCAUUUUGGCGGGAGAGAGAUAAAGCGGGAGGCGCUAAAUCCGACAGCCUUCUCCCCCCAUAUCCCAACUAUUGUAGGCCGAGAGACGGCGGAAUGAGCUCGUCAGCGGCGGCGGAAACCGACGCGGAGGUUCCGGACUUGGUGUGCGAGCUCGACAGCGUCCAGGGCAUCGUCGACUCUCUCACCGCCGUACGAUGGAAGCGCCUUCAGGACGCGGUUGUGGAAUUAUCCGAGCACGGCAUAGUGAUAAUCGUCGAGGAAACGGGGUGUCUUCAGGCCAAGGUUUAUUUACAGCGCGAGCUAUUUGUUAAGUACGAUUAUAAGGCGCAGGGGCGGCCAAGAUUUGGGGUGAGCUUAGGACUGUUUGUGGAUUGUCUCAAUACAUUUUCGGUCCAGGGCCGGUCCAGCAUCCUCGAGAUCCGGUAUCCAGGGCCCGACAUGCAACUUUUGCUCCGGUCUGUUGAUUCACCCGAUGCCUGCAUUUAUGCGGAAAUUAGGACAAGGAUACCAGAAACUAUCUCAUGGGACUACAACUUUGAACCUGCUGGGAGCACUCCUCUGAGUUUCACGGUUAAGGCCGUAGCUUGUUCAGAUUUUCCCAAACUGCCCAUUACUUGUGAAGUCGAGCAGUCUGCAGCCUUAAAGGAAGCUAUUGAUGAUCUCGAAUGGCCUGGGUCUAGCAUUCAGAUAAAGCUACAACCUUCACCGCCAGCUGUCAUCUUCAGAGGCGAAGGUCAUGGCGAUUUGCAGGAUCACAAUGUUUGUCGACCGAUCAUGCAGAUCGAGUUAAAUUACUAUGCCAAUACAGACCUUUUGAUUGCGUUCAGUUGCGAUCGGCUGACUUCUCACAGGUACAAGUACAAGUUUUUACAGGCAACGACUUCAAACAUACCGGGCAGUGUGAUCAAAGAUAAUAGAGGGAGCAAAUUGAGUAUAGGCCGAGGUGGAAUGCUCAAAGUUCAGCACCUUGUUUCAGUUGCUCGACCGACUUCUAACACUCACAAUAAUAAUGCUCAUCACACUAAUGUUGAUUCGUCUGGGUAUCAGCAACCCAGCCGAAUAGCUUACAUUGAGUUCUUUGUGAAGCCAGAGGUGGAAGAAGAUAAUGAUUAAUCAUCAGACUAGAAAAAGU